CCAUAUCAUUGGCAGGGAAUCUUCACUUCUCUUCCGCCAUUAGAGAGGAUAACGAACCUUGGCUAAGCUACUAAUCACUGUUUACCAAUUGGGCGACACUUGUUUCUCCGUGUAGUUGAUGCAGCUGAUCGCGAGGGAGAGGGGAGAUUAUAUGAUUAACACUUGCAAAUGAUCACCAACGACAGUAGCUUUGGCCAUUAAUGCUUGUAUGUGAAUAUACUUGCUUCAUUUUUAUCAAGUCAGGGACAAAUGGCAAACUAUACAUCAAGGGGAGUUCCGACAAAUGGUUCUGUAUAUGUCUGUAAUUUACCCAUUGGUACAGAUGAAGAUAUGUUAGCUGAGCAUUUUGGCACAAUUGGGGUGUUAAAGAAGGACAAAAGAACCGGCCGACCCAAGAUAUGGUUGUACCGUGACAAAGCAACAAAUGAGCCCAAGGGGGAUGCAACUGUCACAUAUGAGGACCCACAUGCUGCAUUAGCUGCUAUUGAUUGGUUCAACAACAAGGAUUUUCAUGGAUCAACAAUUGGAGUCUUUAUUGCGGAGUCUAAAAGCAAAGAUGAUCACUCAUAUAAAUCAUCUACCCAGGUUGGAGACGUGAACCUAGAAAGUAGUUUUGCUGGCAUGGAUGAAGGUUCUAAUGAUAUAAAUGGAGGAGUCGGACAUGGUAGGGGCAGGGGAGAUUCAUCUGGUAAAGGAUGGCAACAAGAAGGGGACUGGAUGUGUCCAAAUACAAGUUGCUCUAAUGUGAACUUUGCAUUUCGCGGUGUUUGCAAUCGUUGUGGCACUGCUCGCCCUGUUGGUGUCUCCGGUGGUUGUGCUGGGGCUGGUGGGCGAGGUAGAGGUCGUGGUAACAAUGACUCAGGUGCUCCUGGUCAUGCAGUUGGUGGUCCUCCUGGUCUAUUUGGUCCAAAUGACUGGUCUUGUCCCAUGUGUGGCAACAUCAAUUGGGCUAAGCGCAUGAAAUGUAACAUCUGCAACACCAACAAACCUGGCCACAAUGAGGGUGGUGUGAGAGGGGGGCGUGGUGGAGGUUAUAAAGAACUUGAUGAAGAAGAGUUGGAAGAAACAAAGCGGCGUCGAAGAGAGGCUGAAGAUGAUGGAGAAAUGUAUGAUGAGUUUGGGAACCUGAAGAAAAAGUUCCGUGCUAAAGCACAGCAAGCUGAAGUUGUCCAGAGCCUCCCUGGUGUUGGGCGUGCAGGAUGGGAGGUGGAAGAAUUAGAGUUUAAGAAAACCAGUGCCGAAAUGGGAAAAGUGUUUGAUGAAAAGUGACCUCGUAAAUUUUGUGACCGUUUAGUUUGUGAUUGACAUUUCUCUGAUAUCAACGGCUUCUACUGUUUGUCCCUUCCAACAACACCCAUUGCGUCAAGUCGUUUGCUUGCGGCGGCUUAUGAUGAUUGUUAACAGAGGUAUGGUUUGGAGAUGAAUUCCUGUUUUAUUGUACUAAGCUGUUUCCUCUCUCAUGAAUGGUUUUGCGCUGCCUGUUUGGCACCUUUUUUUGGCAUCUGAGUUUUCUUUUUGCAUACCUAAAAGAUUUUGGUGCAAUUAUUGAAUUUAUUGUUAUGAAAUUUGGGAAGUGUGUGGUUAACAAGGAGAAUAAAUUGUUCAUUUUUUC